AUGAGCCGUUUAGACCUCAUUCACGAUCUUCGCUCGUUUGCCUUUGGGCAACCAUUCUGGCACUAUGUUUGGUUCGCCUUGUUUCUGACCACUUGCUACUAUUUGGCCACAACGGUAUACUGUGUCUAUUUCCACCCCCUGGCAAAGUACCCAGGCCCUCGGCUUUACGCCGCGUCGCAAAUCCCGUAUGCUGUGGUCUUUGCAUUUGGCGACGGCCACAAUACCAUUGCCCGCCUGCACCGGGAAUACGGCAAGGUCGUCCGCAUCGCGCCAGACCGGCUUUCAUUCAGCUCCCCAGAUUCGUGGAACGAGAUUAUGGGCCAUCAAAAGAAGGAUCGCAACAGAGAGCAUGGCAAGACACCAAACUUCUACGAUCCACUGAGCAUUCCUGGGACAGACCGCGAAGCCCACGCUCGGCAACGCCGAAUAUUGGCCGUCGGCUUUUCGGCCAGCUACAUUGUGGAACAAGAAUCCAUCAUUCAUUACUACGUCGGCCUGCUUAUGAACAGGCUUAAAGAGAACGGACAGGACGGGACCAAGCCUUUGAACAUGGUGAACUGGUUUAACUGGACAACAUUCGACAUCGUGGGUGAUUUGGCUUUUGGAGAAUCGUUUGGUUGCCUCGAGACUGGCGUUUACCACCCGUGGGUGUCUCUUAUGUUUACACAUGUCAAGCUCGGAGCCUGGAAUUACGCCAUUGCACAGUUUCCGACCUUUUCCAAGAUUAUUCGAUCAUUUGUGCCCAAAAGCAUGACCAAGAAGGUUGAGGAACAUCACGCCUACACUCGAGAUCUGGUGGACAGAAGACUUGAGACCGACUCUUCACGCCUUGACCUCUUCCGUGCAAUGGCGCACCCACGAGACGGAUUGUCCAUGUCCAAAGAAGAGAUUUAUAGCAACACUGGCACACUGGUGGAGGCCGGCUCCGAGACCACCUCGACCGCGCUGUCAGGAGUUCUUUUCCAUCUGCUGAAAAGUCCAGAGGCCAUGAAGAAAGUCAAGGACGAGAUCCGCGGUACGUUCAAGAGCGAGGACGAAAUUACCUACGUCAGCGUGCAGAACUUGGAGUAUUUGAGCGCUUGUGUCCGCGAAGGCCUGAGGAUUUAUCCGCCCAUCCCGAGCACCGUUCCUCGCAUCACACCGAAAGAUGGCAGUAUAAUCUUUGGUGAAUGGGUGCCCCCAGACACUAAACUCGACAUUUGGCAAUUCCCCCUGUCCCGCAACGAAAAGUUCUUCAAGGACGCAGACAAGUACGUGCCAGAACGUUGGCUUGGCGAUCCCAGAUACCAGUCCGACUGCAGGGAGGCGUCCCAACCCUUUUCCGUUGGUCCUCGCGAUUGCCUGGGAAAAAAUAUUGCGAACGGCGAGAUGCGCAUCAUUCUCAGUCGUCUACUCUGGAACUUUGACGUUCGACUGGCCGAUGAUAGCGUCGACUGGGACCAGGGGCAGAAGGUUUACAUCAUCUGGCUCAAGUCUCCAUUGAACGUUUAUCUCACGCCGGUCAAAAGAUCCUAA